GUGGAAGAGACAGGUUUAGGGUUAUGCCAUUUAUUUUUCAAAUUUUAAUAAUUUCUACAGCAACUGCUCUGAGGGAUCGGGAGCGCUCUAACGUCAACUAAACCUCUCAGCUCACACAUACAGCCUCUCCCAGCCGGAAGCCGCUCAGUAGGAAGCUGGUCGUGGAUGCGACUUGGAGCUCAAUCGGCUGCUGCGAUUCGGCGCCUGUCACGUGCCAACCAAAGAUGGCGGCGCCCAGGCGAGUGGAAGAAAGGUUGCGGUGAGUCACAGCCUGACUGAGGAGGACCUGGCCAAGGUAUCGGCUGCCAAAAGAAAAGCAUAAGAUGGAAAAUCAUGAACCAGAUGAAACUAUCAAGGAAAACUUAAUUUUCAAUAUCAUAUCCAGAAAAAUUAACCAACUGCCAGAAGCUGAAAGGAAUCUGCUGGAACAUGGAUCGACAUAUGUUGGACUUAAUGCAGCUUUCUGUGGCCUAAUAUCCAACAGUCUUUUCCGACGCGUCUUGAAUGUGACAAAAGCUCCUAUAGCUGCUGGUUUACCAAUGGCAGUAAUCCCAUUUUUUACAGCACAUGUAGCUUACAAAAGUUUUGUAAAUUUUCCUUUGAAUACAGGUGACUUGAAUUGUGAAACCUGUACCAUAAUACGGAGUGGAUUGGUUGGUCUUGUUUUUGGUGGUCUCUACCCUGUUUUCUUGGCUUUGCCUGUGAAUGGUGGCCUAGCAGAAAGGUAUGAAUCAGCCUUGCUACCACAGAAAGGAAACAUCAUAACUUACUGGAUAAGAAUUUCUAAGCCAAUCUUUAGAAAGAUGUUAUUUCCCAUUUUGCUCCAGACUGCAUUUGCAUCAUACUUAGGGUCUAGACAAUAUAAACUACUUAUAAAAGCCCUUCAGUUACCUGAACCUGGCCUAGAAAUUCAAUGAUUUUAAGCAAAUAUGUAUACAAAUAAACUGGUAAAAAUAA